UUUCCCCUUCUCUCUCGUUCUUCCCUUCACACCUAGGCCAGUGCAGUGAGAGUUAAAGAGGACAACAGCAGAUAUGGUUACUUUUUGUUUAUUUCAAGCUGCUGUUUGAUUUUAUAAGCAGUGCAGGAUGUUUGUUUCCUUUAAGCUUUGUAGCAAUACAAUCCACUGAGCGGUUUGUUUUCCAGGCGUGAUUUGCUACUGCAGUCUGGUUCCAUUGUGUGAUUGUACCAGUAAACUGCCUUCACGCCUUUAACUUCAGAAAUGCGAAUUUUAGAAUUUCGCCUAUCUGUGACAACCUAAUUAGCGUUCAGAUGAUUUCAAAGACCUUUGAGGAGUCCAGAGAUGCGAGUGGGCAGCACUGAGGACACAAUAGGUGACGGUCCUGUCAAAGGGGAAUUCGAGCUUGUGCCUUUUAAAAUAAUUUAAUGAAACAAACUGGAUUUCAUAGCAGGGAUGAUUUCCAAUGGUUUAAUUCAUAUAACGUUUCAGUUGCUGCUGCUGCACCUGGAGCAGGUGGAGUUGGCCGGGUGAAGCUGUCAAACCCCACCUGCCUAGCCUGGCCUAGCAGGUGCCACUGGAGAGCUGCCUCAGUCUCACCAGGCAGCUUCACAUCUGUAUCUUUUCACACCACAUUGCUGCUUCGGUGCAAUUACCACUCAAAUAGUUGUGUGAAUGUCACUCUGCUCGCCAAGCACUGUGCAUUUUUAUGAACAAUAACUAGCAGAAAUUAAGAAAUUAGCCAUGCAGUGUCACAAAGUAUAAUGGAGAACUUCAAACGCAUAAGAAAUGCCAUCCAGCUCUGUAAUCUGGUACAGGCAGGUCUUGCUCUGUGUGCUGGAAAUCCUGCCUUAUGCUGUGGGUACUGUAUAUGAUUAUUUUGCGUCUGAGUGUUCUGCAGUAGUACUACUAGGAGUCUCAUUAGCUUGCUGCCUUCUAAAACCAGCUUUAUAAGAGCAGAUUUUUGUGAUCGAAGAUGUUUUCUUUACCACUUAAAUUUAUCUUCCAUUUGUGUGCAAGCUCAGUUUCUGAGAUUUGCCUUAGGAUAUGCUAAGUGUGUUUUGCUAGUUGAAAGAAAAUUACAGAGAUGUUGAUAGACAAAAAACCACUCUGAAUGGCUUCUCAACAGGAACUCUUAAAGUUUCAGCAAGAAUUUGUUUUGACAGACAAGUUGGUGCUUUCACUAAAUCAGCAGUUUGCUUAAAAAUAGGCUCCAAGAGUAGCAGUUCUGCGUGAAUCCUCUUUUUCUGUAAAUCAAUAUAUUGUGUGUUGUGAGUGACUGACUCGUACAUGCAAACAGAAGGAGGACUACUGGCAUUACUUAGAAUGGUUUAGACAACUGUAGAAGAAGGAAAAGCUUAUUUAUUAGUGUGAUAUGGGCACAAAGAAUAGGAAGGGAGUUGAGUGUCAGAUGCUGAGUGAUCACUAGGGAUUAUUGGAGCAGUAAUUAUAAAGAUCAUACUGUGGGAAAUACAAGAUACCAGGAGAUGAUUGUAUUCUCUUGAGUUGUGGAAAUGCUGCAAAGUUGUGGAGGGACUGGUGUUGUGUGAGGCCAGUGAGAUCCUGCACUACCCAGCAAACCCUGAGUACGAGGUAUUGGCCAGUGUGGUCCUUUUUUACUUAUUGUCUGCAUGGUUCUGGGUUAGUGGAGUAUCACUGGCCUUGUAACCAGAUGAAAUUGCUACAGAGCUCAAUGUCUUGAGUGUUGUCAAGUGUUUUAUGAGCAGUUAGAAUGUAAUUAAUGCCUUUUGCACAGAACGGGAUUAUUUUUCCUAAUACAGAAAAAGAGCAUUUUGGGGUUAUGCUGUGGUUGUCUUUAAUGUUUGCUGUUUAAGGGCAGGAGAAAAUCUGAAAUAACCUCAUAAUAUUUAGUAAAUGCAAAAAAUAGGGAUGUUAAAAAUAUGGGAAUUUACUGUUGAUGUGCACGAAUGGUGGCUUCUGAAUUCUGUGUUGCUAAGUUGUUGUAUUCCUUGUUAUUCGGGCAAUGGGCAGCCUGUAAGUGUGAUUAUUUUGCAGGGUGAUUAAGAAUAUUAAUAACAUAUAAUAUUCUUAAGAUUACUAAGAAAAAUAUAUCAUAUAGGAUAUUAUCAUGGGAGUAAUGUGAAUAAUUUAUUGGCUGGACUCUGGGACCAGACAUUCUUGUGCCCCACUGUGGAAUUCUAGUUAUAAACUUGCAGCAACUCACAACCUUAAAAUAAUGUGUUGCUGACUUGAAUUCACCGGCGCUCUUUUAUGUGUGUUGAGAAUAUAUUUGUAGCCUUGUGCUAAGCAAUAAUUCUGCUCAGAUUUUCCAGAGUUCAAAAUUGUUGAAGGCAUUGCUGUGUUCAUUAUUAGCUGAAGAUUCAAUAUUUGCAUGUAUUUCAGGCUGCAUGAGUCUUCUCAAUUUAUUAUUUGUAUUUGUUGUGCUUUGUGAGUGUGUACUUUUUGUGGUGUAUGUUCUUCUUUCGCCCCUUUCAACUGCCAAUUCUCUGUAGCAGUGGAGCGGGAAGAGUUGGGAUUGGAAGUUGAAAACAGAAAACUACUUGCAUUCAGAAGGAGAAAACAUCAUUUCAAGUACAUAUGUUCAUUAUUGAAGGGAAGGUGGGGAUAUACAGGUUGAAGUCUUUCCUUGGAGUUUCCGGGUACAAAUGAGUAAGAGCUGGGACGAAAUUGUUCAACACCUUUGUUUCAGGGAGGAGGUGUGAUGUUUUGCUGGCAGGAUGAGGAGCAGGAUCCCUGUCGUCCUCCUGGCCUGUGGCUCCUUUAACCCCACCACCAACAUGCACAUGCGUUUGUUUGAGCUGGCCAGAGACCACCUGCACCAGACAGGAAGAUAUCAGGUGAUUGAAGGCAUAAUGUCUCCGGUCAAUGAUAAGUAUGGGAAGAAAGGCUUGGUGUCAGCAAGGCACCGGGUGGCCAUGGCCAAACUGGCCCUAGAGACAUCAGACUGGAUCCGGGUGGAUCCCUGGGAGAGCGAGCAGGACACGUGGACAGAGACAGUGAAAGUAUUAAGGCACCAUUAUAAUGAAGUACUCAGAGGGUUCCAGUCCAAGGAGCUCGUGAGAAACAAACAUCCCACAGAAAGCUCUACGGAGGAUUCCCUUUCUUGCCAGCAACCAGUUCUUCCAGAAUUAAAGCUGCUCUGUGGGGCUGAUUUUCUACAGACAUUUAAGACACCCAAUCUCUGGAAGGGAGAAGACAUCAAAGAAAUAGUGGAAAAGUUUGGUUUGGUCUGCAUUAGCCGGGCUGGCUCUGAUCCAUCUCAAUUCAUCCAGGAAUCAGACAUUUUAUCUGAAUUUCAGCACAAUAUUUUUCUAGUGAGAGAGUGGAUCCAGAAUGAAAUCAGUGCGACACAGAUCCGCUCUGCCCUGUGCAGGGGGCUGAGUGUGAAAUAUCUCAUCCCAGACUCGGUCAUUGCCUACAUAGCGCAGCACAACGUCUACACAGCAGAGAGCGAACGCAGGAACGAAGGGCACCUGCUGCAGCCUCUCAGGCUGCUAAACACAACAAUAAACCCUCUGAGGGACUGAUUUCUGCACUGUGUGCCGUGUCAGACCAGGAGCUUUGUCAUGUAGAUUUCUUGAGAAAGUUGUUUCUUAUUAAUGAAGGGAAAGUCCAAAAUUUCUUGAAAUCGUGGGGUUUUAAAUCCAUGCAUCCGUGUGUGGUAGUGCUCAAGAAAAUUGGGAUGCUCAGCUGUAUUGCUUAAAUACACGAAGAACAGCUUCCUUUUAAAACUAAAAGAAAGCAUAUCUUUAUAAUAAAUAUUCCUAGUAUUUCAAUAAUUUCAGUAAGUCAAUAAAUAUGACUCAGGGGUCAAACACAGUA